AUGAAUCAGUACUCCAAGCGAACAUUUUGGGAUGCUCAAGACCGUCCUAUUGCUAUUUCUGGGUUGGAGAAGCGUUUGACGACGGCAUUCAACACUCGUGGAGGCUAUGGGGUUUUUGAAACCUUUUUAGAACGAAGCCUUCUCUGGAAGAAAGUCGACACCACAGGCUCCCUUCGUUUGAUCAAGUUCCCCAAGGAGAGAAAUGUUCCAUCGUGGUCGUGGAUGGCAUAUGAUGGGGUCAUCUCCUAUGUUGAAGCAGACUUCAACAAGGUUGCCUGGACAAAAGAGUAUUCAUCUCCCUUUGACUCUGGAAGUGGCGCAGCUGGCAAAUGGUACUGGGAAGCAGAUAAAACUAACAGGCCCUCUGUUCUUGCACUUAAGAAGGUCAGAGAGUUGAAAUCGGUCCCAACCAAUGAGGCAGCCAGCACGAUAAGUUUUGAUACUUCAGCUUCUAACGGCAAGGGCCUAAAGGAAUUCCGAUGCCUUGUUCUUGGAAAGGCGAAAUUGGAUAACGUUAUAGGUCCUCAUAUUCUGAAGUGUUUUGUUUUAAUUAUCAAGCCUUCUACAGAUAACCAAACUGUGUUUACGCGUGUCGGAGCAGGUAUUCUAGAAGAGGACCAAAUUAUCUGGGAUCAUUAUGAAGCUGGUAUUCUUAUUUAG